AUGUCGCAGGAACAACUGGAAUCCCUAACUUGGGAAGACUUUAAGGAGGAACUCUAUGAUAAGUAUAUCCCGAGGAGUUACCGCAAGGCUAAGGAGGCCGAGUUUUACAAUCUGAAGCAGGGGCGGAUGACAGUGACUGAAUAUGACCGUGCCCUAUGCGACAUGUCGCGAUACGCACCGGAGCAGGUGAAUACUGACGAGAAAAUGUCGGAGAAGUUUUGUGCCAGUCUGAGGCACGAAAUAAGAAUGGCUCUAGCAUGCCGUGGAAGACUCUCAAAAUGCGGUCGUGACAAACCCCUCUUGAUCUAUGAGUAUGUCUCGAGGGGAACCCUUUUCGAGCACCUGCACAGGGCAGAGGCGCGCCAGACACCGCCUCUGAACUUGCUGAGGCGCCUCUUCAUUGCCCACCAGGCGGCUGACGGCCUUGCCUACCUCCACUCCUCUGCCGUGCCCCCCAUCUACCACAGGGAUGUGAAGACGAGCAACAUACUCCUGGACGAGAAUCUUGAUGCCAAGGUGUCGGAUUUCGGGCUAUCGAGGCUUGUUGAACUGAGCGAGAGGGACUGCACCCACAUCAACACCUCUGCUCAAGGGACGCUAGGCUACCUCGACCCCGAAUACUACGUGAAUAUGCAGCUGACGGAUCGGAGUGAUGUGUACAGCUUCGGCGUCGUGCUGCUGGAGCUUCUGACUUGCAAGAGAGCUAUUGAUUUCAAUAGGGAUGAGGAAAAUGUGAACCUGGUGGUUUACAUGAAGAGGAUGUUUGAUGAGGAUAACCUGAUGGCAGUGAUUGAUCCAGCGAUCAAGCAGGGGGCAUCCGAGGUGGAGCUGGAGACAAUGAAGGCGUCGGGAAUCUGGCUGCAGCUUGCUUGGAUGAACGGCGACAGAAUCGCCCUUCGAUGA